CCUGGCUCAACACUGAACAGUACAGCGCAAUUUAAGACGGAUGGCACGUAAAAAAGCUAAGGUCGCCGUGAAUGACGCGUUUGCAAAUGUGGUUGGCCCCGUCGUAGGAACACCUACCGAGGCUCCUCGCCGAGUAAUCCGUAGAAAGCGGGGAGGACUGAAAGACAUACUGAACAUGCCAUUUGAUGUGUUGUUUGAGAUUUUUAGCCAGCUGCACCCUCGUGAUUUAUUGAAUUUGGCGAGGACAACCAAGGACUUCCGGACGUUCCUCAUGAGUCGAAAGUCCGCAAACUUGUGGAAGGUCUCUCGCCAACAUGUCGAAGGCUUACCGGACUGUCCGCCGUACCUCAGCGAACCGGCGUACGCGAAUCUGGCCUUUUUUCCCUAUUGCCAUGGUUGUUUGAGAACAAAUAUCCAUAACAUAAUCUGGGAGUUCAAUGUUCGAUAUUGCAGAACAUGCAAGAAGUCGCUUAUCGUUCCAUCGUAUUAUUUCGAGCUUCCGUCAGAAAUCCAUGAUUCCGCUAUUACUCUAAGUCGUGCUGAAAUGUUUAACGAUAUUAGCUCCACUGGCCGUCAUCGUUGGCGGAUGUAUCAUAAGAAGCAAUACGAAGACAUCAUGCAGGCUUGGAAGCAACUAUCCAAAGACACUUCCUCAUGGCAAAUAUGGGUUGACAAUCAUCGGAUGCGAGUGAAGCAGAUCGAAGAGCAUGCCCCCUUAUGCAAGAUAUGGUACGAGGUAAAGGUUGCGUCUCGAGCAGCAGAGUUAGAGCAAAUAAGACAAGACCGACUACAUUCCAUUGUCGACAAGCUACGCGACAUGGGCUGGACGGAAGAGCUUAAUAAACUAACAAGUAGGGACUUCUAUCCCUUGUCGGAGCAUGCCCACGUACGGACCUCGAGGCCAUUGACUGAACGCGGUUGGCAGAAGAUCAGCGCAGACUUGGUUGCAGUAAUGGAGGAUAUCAAAGAGCAACGUCUCAAGGAGGAGAGGAGGGAGGUCUUCUUGCGUCGUAUGAGUCGGAUCUCCUCCCUCGUCGCAGACGACUACAUGACGCCUAGAAGAACCGCUGCAAGUGAAUUCAAUCCAACGGUCGUUGAUCUAGUCCUCAUGCCACAGAUGAGGGCAAUCAUCGACGUGCCGGGGGAUACAAUCGUGGAUAACGAAGAGACGCUCAAUAUGAUCCAUCAAUUGCUGCCCUCUCUGAUCGACGAAUGGCAAAGCGAUGUGAAGGCGACCCUCCAUAAUCUGAUGAAACAAGACUUCCCUGACGACGGCUACGGGAACCCCCUCGAUCUGGCCAUAGCAUACUUCAACUGCGCUCAUUGUGGGAAGAUUUAUCCGUACCCUCAAGUAAUAGCCCACCGCUGUCUUAGGCCGGCGUGGGCACCAUAUAAUGAGGACCCUACAGGAUUGUACGAGCGAGCUGCCUUCCAGACCGGGCGUUGCAGAGCCUUUAAAUCUAGCAGACUGGGAUUUUCUACUGUGCUCCCAAUUGCUCGGAAGAUUGUUGAGCUUUGCGGCAAAAAUCCUUCCCGGACAACGAUGGAUGAGAUGGAUGAGAUGGACAUCAUGCUCAGUUGCACAAAUCUAUCAAGGCCUGAAACAAGGCUGGUCAUGUCAUGGCGCGCGGCGGUACAGCAUGAAUGGUCGUCUUCCCAUGACAGUGCGGACAGCCGCGUAUGGGAUGUUGCCAGCGAGGACGGGGCCGCCAUGGUCAAGGAAGUCCAAGCACGGAACAACGAGGAGCUUCAUGCGGCGCGCGAACGUAAACACCUGUGGUGCUGCUCGCUUUGCACGGAUAAUUGGACCGCGCGAUUUCUUCCUGUGUAUGUGGUGCAAGAGCACGUGCGUCUGAAACACUCGAUAGAAGAUCCCAGCGUCGAGGACGGCGACGUCUAUCUGCAUCCUGAUCACGAGCUUCUCUUCUCAAAGCCGGUGUUGUUGCUCCCAGAAUCGCUUCCUAUAGGGGAGCUUACAGAGAGCGAAUGGCUCGCUCACACCCAGGGCCGCGUGUGUAUUCAUCCCUCUCACCAUGCCGCCUAGUCAUGUUUAUUAUUCGCUACAUAUCGGACAAUCCACGAACGACUUGUGGUCAUGUUGAUCGUCAUCGUAUUUUGCUACUUACAAGUACUUCGUCGUUGCAAAAUGAAUAUGAUUAUUCGCUCGUCCAUCGGUUGUGUACCGAGCGGGG